AUGCCUGGGAAGGACCAAGAUAAAGCGUCCAAAAACCGCCGUGACAGCAAAGACAUCUCUUUAGACAUAUCAGAGGGAACCUCCUCAACCCGUGACUCUUCCAUUUCAAUGCCCCCCGCUCCAGACGGGGGCUAUGGCUGGGUAAUUGUACUCAGUGCGUUCUUCGUUAUGGCUAUAAGCGAUGGAUUUGCCUUAUCAUUUGGUGUUCUGUUUACAGAACUUUCGGAAGUUUUCAAUGCAAGUAAAAGUGUGACUUCCAUCAUUGCUUCCUUAUUCUAUGGGGUUCCUCUGGUGUGUGGACCUAUAGCAAGCAUCAUUAUAAAUAAAUUAGGAAGCAGGAAAGCCCAGGUAAUCGGAGGAUUGAUCACAAGUGCUGGCAUCUUAGCCAGUGCUUUUGUGGAUUCCAUAGGCCUUAUGUGUUUUACAUUCGGAUUCAUUGCCGGAUUCGGUCUCUCCAUUGGAUACGUAAAUUCAGCGGUUAUCGUUGCGUACUAUUUUGAGAAGAAGCGAUCCCUGGCGACUGGCCUGUCCGUUUGUGGAUCUGGAAUCGGUACAUUUGUAUUUGCUCCCUUUCUAGAGUUCCUCAUCGAGGAGUAUGGGUGGAGAGGAUCUUUUGUCGUUCUAAGUGCGGUGACAUUGAACUUAGUCGUCUGUGGAGCAUUUAUGAGGCCCUUGGAAUUUACCCCAACCCAGAAAUGGAGAAGGAAUUUGAAGAAAUUUGAAAAUAUGUCAAAAACAUUAUCAAUAUCAAGUUUACAAGAUCAUAGCUGUCACGCUAGCAGUUCAGAUUUGAUGAGUGGUACGGCAAAACGGUUACCUCAGAAAAAACAGCGUAGCCAUUCUCAAGAACAACUUCCCACUUUUACAAAGAAAUCUAGAAAUAUCCCUGUUGAGAUGUCGAAUGACAGUAGAAAAUACGGUAGCAAGCGAAAGCGAUCCUUUCAAAACUUCGAUUCAGACGAUAUAUCACGACCUAAAAUAUUCAAUUCAGACACAACUACCAGCAACAGACCGGCCAAAAGCGAUGGUCACGUAGUCUUUGCAGACGAUGUGGGAAGUGGUACAGAAAACAUUGUGAGAAUGAGGAGCAAGAAAAAGCGUAGUGUUCAUUUGAGGAAUUCCUCUACAAAGACAUUUACGCAGUAUCCUUUGUCAAGAAAAGACCUGCUGUAUAGGAGAAGCACGAGACGAUUUUCAGUUAAUCCAAAGCUCCGACGUAAAAGCAGCCCAGUUUUACAUCAGGAAAUCAUAGAUGACAGUCCCGAUGAAGAAAUUGUUGACUGUUGUUCAAAUCAAAGGCUUCUGAAAUUUCCUAAAUUUAUCAAGAAACUGUUCAAGUCGAUGUUUGAUUUCCAAAUCAUUAAAAUUCCGUCUUUUUUUCUCUUUGUGCUGUCCAACUUCAUCUUCUACUUCUGGGACGAUGUUCCGUAUGUGUUUUUGAACGACAUUGCUGUAGAAGACGGGAUAGAAAAUCCAGCUAUCAUAAUUUCGACCCUUGGAAUUGUGAAUACAUUUGGACAGAUUAUAUAUGGAUUUAUAGGAGACAGGGACAUCGAUCUGAUACUGCUAUACGGGGUGUCCAUCGGUCUUUCAGGACUGGCUUUGAUGGCUGUGCCAUGGUUCCAGUCCCUCAUACCACUGUGUAUAUUUGCGGGUCUCUUUGGAUUCUUCAUUAGCGCCAAUUAUGCUUUGGAUACGGUAAUCGUGGUGGAAAUAGUUGGAAUCGACAAGCUUGCCAAUUCCUAUGGACUGACCAUGAUGAUGCAGGGACUAGCCAAUAUAAUAGGCCCCCCUGUGGCUGGUUUGCUUUAUGACAUGUCGGGAUCCUACGACCAUACCUUUAUAGCUGGGGGUGUAUUCAUUGCUUUUUCUGGUCUUAUAUUAGUCUUCGUGCCAAUUGGGAGAUGCAUAAAGUUACUCGUUACACGAAAACAGUCCUUCAGCUACACAACUCCGGAAUGGUGAAAAAUCGUGGAUGUUGCUAGAGAAUGUCACACAAUUCCUUCCAAGUGAGAACAACAGUCUGUUUAACGUCAAUGAAUAAUGUGUACUACAGUGUAUGUAGUAUUUUUAAUUUCAUUUCCUCAAAACUGCCAUCGUAAUGUACAUAUCAAAUAACCAGAGAACUUGUUUAUUUCUCUGUUGCUUUAAAUGUCGUUUUUCACUCUUUAUAGAAACAUUUGUUAAUAUUUUGUGUGUUACAUAUAUAUAUGUAUUUAGAAUUAUUUUAUUAGCUUUUA